UGGCUGACUCACUCUUCACAUCUUUCUGAACAAAAACGUUUCCCUCUCUCGCCCAUGGCCGUUUCUUUCUUCUCCCCAAUACCUCCUAAGCCUCCAUUCUCUCUUUAAAUCUCUCAUUCUCUCGCUCGUAUGUCUCUGAUUUCCACUUCAGUGAUCGUUCUUCUUCAUUCUCAUGGCGAUUGUUACUGGAGAUCGAUACCUUGAGAACCUUGUUAAUUUCGUCCAACACCAAGCUGGCCCUUUGCUUGAUGGCUCUUUAGUUCUUAAGCUUAAUCCUGUUGGUCUUCACUACGUACAAUCUAGACUUGAGGCUCUUCGUGAGGUUGAGAAUCUUCUUUCUGGUGCCCCUGUUGAUUAUCUUCGUGCUUACAUUUCUGACCUUGGGGACCAUCGAGCACUUGAACAGCUCCGUCGUAUUCUUAGGUUGCUUACGUCUCUUAAGGUUGUUUCUGUUUUGCCUCCGCCUGUUCGUGACCCUACUCCGAUUUCUUUACUGUCGUUUGGGAGAUUGAAGGUUUUGGAACUUAGAGGGUGUGAUUUGUCUACCUCAGCGGCUAGAGGUUUGCUUGAGUUGAGACAUACUUUGGAGAAGAUCAUUUGUCAUAAUUCGACUGAUGCUUUACGACAUGUGUUUGCGAGUAGGAUUGCUGAGAUAAAGGGCUCUCCACAAUGGAACCGGUUGUCAUUCGUAUCAUGCGCAUGUAAUCGCUUGGUUCUGAUGGAUGAGUCUUUACAACUUCUUCCUGCUGUUGAAACUCUUGAUUUGAGUAGAAAUAAGUUUGCAAAGGUGGAUAAUCUGCGGAAGUGCACCAAAUUGAAGCACCUGGACCUUGGGUUCAAUCAUUUGAGAACAACUGCACCCUUUAGUGAGGUCUCCUGUCAUAUUGGAAAACUUGUUUUGAGGAACAAUGCUCUAACCACAUUACGUGGGCUUGAAAAUUUGAAGUCACUUGAAGGGCUUGAUAUCUCCUACAAUAUUAUUUCCAAUUUUUCAGAGCUGGAGUUCCUUGCAAGACUCACAUCUCUACAGAAUUUGUGGUUGGAAGGAAAUCCAUUGUGUUGUGCAAGAUGGUAUCGAGCACAAGUAUUCAGCUAUUUUGCUCAUUCAGAUACAUUGAAGUUGGAUGACAAAGAGAUCAGCACUAGAGAGUUUUGGAAGAGGCAAAUUAUAAUUGCAAGCAGGCAGAAGCGACCUUCCAGCUAUGGAUUUUAUUCUCCUGCAAAAGAUAAUGUUGAAGGACAGGCUAGUAUCAUCAGAAAAAGGAAAAAAGUGCCUCGACUUGCUGCAAUUGAAAGUGAAGAAGAGAGCGCAUACUUUUCUUCUGACCAGGAGUCACCAUCAUGUGAUAAUGAUAUUCAAAGCAAAGAGGAGAAUAUCAUAUCUGAUAAUGAAGCUGAAAUGGUUGAUUUGAUUAACAGAGUUGAACUCAUGAAGAGAGAGGAUUCUAUUCUUUGGUUGCGGGAAUUUCAAGAAUGGAUGGAUCAUGAAUCUGAGAAUUCUGUGGAUGGAGGUACACAUAGCAGAGCCACAUUGCAUCAUGUGAAGGAAAAUCAUCAGAAAAACAAGACAAACGAGAAGCAUCAUGGUGAAAGUUCAAGAAAUGUCUGGAAUUCUCUUAAUGCCUCAGGGGAUGAAGCUAGUACAGAUGGCUUGGAAUCUGAUGCUUCCUUUGUGGGCAUGUCUUUACCUGGCAUGGUGGGACCAAGACAGAAGUAUAAAAUAUCUCAUUCACAUGAAGGGUUAACCAUACAAGGAGACCAUUUUGUUGUUGAAAAUGGCAGCUUAUCAACAUUGACUGCCGUAGAUGAUACGUCGGAGUCUCAUUCCUUCUCUGCUUACUCUGUGUCCCCUCCCCAUUAUCAGGUGGACAUUCUGCAUCGUCGCCACAAUUUGGUGGAAGAAAUUUUGCAGCUAUCUGCAGAGUCCUGUUCAGUGGUUUCUUCUGAUAGUGAUACCAGCUCUAGUGAAGAUGAUAUAUAUGAAUAUGGGCAUUCAGUGCAUGAAGAUCAGUUACAGAAUGAAGAAUACUUGAAUUUGAGUAUUGGAGUGUGCUCGUCUUCAAAUCUUUUUAAUAAAAGUAAAUAUGUUAAGAAAUAUGGAAUUCAUCAUUUAAGGGAUAAUGAAAGGCGUUUGUUUGAUUCUCAUGAUUUACAAGCAUCUAUUAAAACAAAAACCUUAAAUUCAAGCAGAAUUGAUUUUCCUGCUGCUUCUACUGUUGGUGAAAUUGCUCAAUUUGCUGAUGAAGAGGCAGAUUGGCUGGACAAGACAAAAAGUAAAAGGCAACCAAGAAGAACACUUAUUUUACUUUCACUAGCAGAGAAUGUGGUUGACAAGACAGGGACAUCAGAAACACCAAGGGUUGAGAUGGAUACUAGUGUACAUGAUGAAGAAGAUGAGCAAGGGAAACAAAUUGUUGAUGCUGGCAAUUCUCAAGAUAUUGUUGAUAAGAAAAAGUUGCAGAAAAAUGCGAUUAAAACUCCAGCAGUUGCAAAUAUUGGUAGAUUUUCCAAUGAUUUUAUUGAGAAGUAUUUUAAUGCAAAUGUUGCAGAUUCCACAAUUAAUGAGACCUGUAGGCAUUAUCUACAUUGCGAUUGUGUAAUUGAGCCGGAAUCCUUGUACAGAGAAAGAGAAGUAGCUUUAUUGCUGAGCAGCGUAAACAAGUUGUAUGUAUUAAUCAUUGGUGUAGCAUUUGAUGGGUCAGGAAAUAUUUUGAGUUUACUGGGUUGGCACAGGGUUGAAGAUGUUAAAGAAGUUGUGGUUGGUUUAGGACUUCAGGUUGUGAGGGUGUACAUUGAGAGGGGAGCAACCUACCUGUUUCUAACAAGGAGCAUUGAGAAAUCAAGGCAAUUACUUUACACACUACAAGUUUUUGGUCCAUGUGCAACGAAUAAAUGCAUAUUAAGAAGUUUGGAGCAGGUUCAGGUUGAGCUGUUUGAGAAACAAAUUUGUGGAGGUUCAAAAAUGAGCAUAUUCCAAUAUGCUAUGGUGCUUUUUUGGCACAAAGAUGAAGAAUCAGAGGAAUCAUGGCUUUCAAGAUCACUUUUUGUAAGUGGAACACAUGUUUUUCUGUGUGUUGAAGAACUUAAGCGGUUCAACUUUCCUUCAGCAGAUGCAUCUUCCUCCCCAUAUUUCUCCCUUGACUGGUGUUGCUGCAUCAGUGAUGCAUCUGAGCUGGUCAUUGAGCGUCCGUUCGUAACCUUAAUUCUUGAGCAUGCUACAAAAAAAUUCUGUUUCUCACCAAAGGGUCACAAGGACAUUGCAACCAUUGAUAAGGAAAAUACAGGCUGCCCUUUGACAUGGAAGCUCAAGUGGUUCUCUGAAGACAGUCUAUUCAAUUUUGUAGCACUGUUGAAUGCAAUUCAUUCAGGUAUGAAGAGUUCUGCUCUGAUCAUAACACGUGUGUCAUGAGACUCAUCGUUUGUAUAAUAUUAGUUGAGUUGUUUCAUAUUCAUUUCAUUCAUUUUUUUUUUUUCGAUUUAAUUGAUUUUUAGUUUCGUAUAUUCUAGUGUGGCAAUUCAAUAGCUUUCUUUGCUUGUGAUUCCUUUAUUUGUAUUCUUUUAGUAUUGUGUACAAAUUGUACAGCACAAAACAGUAAAGAAAAAUUUAAGGUUGGUUGGUGUUA